CAACAGGCGGCACUGCUAACAACAGCGCGGAGCAGUGUUGGCCUCUUUAGUUCAAGCUGUGUGUUUUUUUCUUUUUACAUCAACGGUUGUCCUUGUGUACUGCUUAAAGUUUUUCGGUCCCAUUUUGGUAUUCUAGUGUUCAGUAACUUCGUUUCAGGCUACCAGUAGCCUAACAAUAGCAUUUUCUCUCCCUGUGAUGCGACAGAAGAGGAAGCUGUUUGAGCAGCGUUAGUAGAACACUCAAAUGUAAGAGGCUGAAUCAUGAAUCCACUUGACUGGGGUGCCGCUAUCCUGAGACUUCAGGGAUCUCUGGAUCCAAAUCACCAGAGUGUUGUUGAAAACAGCAUGGAAAAUCCUCCAAGAACUAGUAAUGAUUUGACCGCUUACUAUCAAUACUCAAAAUACACUGUUGAUGGAACACACAGCAGCCAGGGAGUGAAUGUGACAUGGAAGGGCCUUAGUCCUCCCUCCUACAACCUUGACAGUAAUCAUUCAGAAGUCGACAACGCGGAUGGAGAACCACUUGAAAUGGAUGAGGAGGACCCAGAGUUGGCAAGAAAGCGGAAAGAGCUGAGAGAAAUAGAGGAGCAAAUAUUACGCAAGAAAGCUUCCCUUGCUUUGAAAAAAUUUGUGAAGACAGUGCCACCAGACUGUAAUGAGCAGUCAGAUACAUGCGAAGGUGAAACACUCCGACAAAGGGUGAAUGUAAUUUUGCAGCAACGGCACUCUCUUGGCUUUCUGCCAAAGGUCCGGUCACCUAGAAACUCAUCCAGCCUGAGUAAAGCUGGUUUGGUGCAGGAAGACCACCCCCUGAAACUCAGAGUGAAGGCACUAAUGACCAAGAGAUGUAGGGGUCUCUGUGAACUACCAACAAACAUGGAGGUCUCUGGUGGCACAGCGCCUCCUCCCAGCCAAAACAUUCCUUCACCAGUUAAGGAGAAUAGCACCAGUGAGGGUUUCCAGCGCUUCCUCAGAGUGCUCAACAAGGGAGUGGACAUUGACUUGCUCAGCAGGAUUGUCAAUGAUGACAGUGAGGAUCUUCCUUUGGGUGGGAAGCUACUGAACGUUCAGCCUCCUGCUGUGGACAACAAUUGGAAUCCGACCUUCAGGAGCCAGAGCCAGCGAUCAAACAGUGAAGCCUCCCUGCAAGGUCAUGGUCAGACCAAUGGCGAAGAGAGGAAGACUGAUGUGCCCAGUCCAGUGAGAUCCCACACAGAAAGACCCUCCGUGCCUGAUAAUAAGAAAAAUGACAGAGAAGGCGACUCCUUUAACUCCAGUAGUCGAUCAAAGUCUCCCCCAACAGUGAUAAAGAAGAAGGAGAAAGAAGACGGACUAAAAUCAAAGGUGGAUGAGCAACGUGAACAGCUGCAGAAUGUUCUGAAAACUCUGGGCUUGAGCCUAGAAGAGGAAGAGAUGAGCAAACUAACAGACCGGACUCAGGAGAGGCUGUAUGGAAAGAAGCAUGAGGGCGGACAGCAGGGUGACAGUAGAAGCGAGCAGGAGUGUUUUCAGAAGGACAGACGUAGCAGGAACUCCUCUUCUUCCUCCUGUUCUUCCUCUUACUCCUCUACCUCCUUCUCCUCAUCAAGGUCAAACUCUAGAAGCUUUAGCCUCAGCCCCUCUUCCCAUAGGCACUCUCACAGCGGAGACUCGGAACAAAGGCAAACGUCUCAACGCAACCGCUCAAGAGACAGAAGCAGAACACACCAAGACAGUGACCAGGAGAGUAAAGACGCACAGAAGCCCAGGGGCAGAGACAAAGAGAGAAAAAAGACUGAAAAAAUCUCUGCUCAUCAACAUCCUUAUCCACAAGACCAAACCUAUCCCCAUCCACACCCUGCCGCUUUUUCUGAUUAUUUGGAUUACAAUUUGUCCUCCGAGUACUCCCGGUGCACAACCUACCACAGUGGCAAUUGUAGUACUGCUACAGAUUCAUCCUGGACUCAGGGUCCCAUUUCUCCCUCCCUUUAUCCCAGCGAGUAUUCCUACCCACAUGACAACUACCAUCAGUUUGCUGGUCCUGUGGCGGUACCUAAAACGGUUCACCCUAAUCUAAAGCCCCCUAAAGACAUUAACUUUCAUGUGAAUCCAGAUCUGUCUUCAUGUGAAGGCCAGAUUGGACCAACAUCUGGCAUUCGUUGCCUGCAGGUCAUCAGCACCAUGCAGUCAACCACUCAGAGACGUUUAAAGCCAUUCACUAAACCACAAAAACGGACGAGGAACCAUGAGUAUUACCAGAGGAAGAGGCGAUCAUAUAGACAAAAAAGGAAACAGAAAAAAAAGAAAGCAUUAACAGAACUGAGGGAAAAGCUUGAAGCAGAAAAGGCGAAAAAAAACAAACGGUCCAACUGCUUAAUCACUCUGACUGGUGAAGACCUGCUUUGAGCCCAGAAAGACCAUACUGAUCUCCUGUUUAACAUUUUUUUCUUUUCACAUGUAGUUCAUAGUGUAACAGAGACUUCUGAUUUUAGUCAUAUUUUCAGAUUUGUACUGAGUACUUCUGAAAUGAUAUCUUCCUCAAAAGAAUAUUUUUGUGCAGGUAAUUUUGUUUUUCAUCAAGACAGGUUUUAGCAUUUACAUUUCUGUGUAUGCCGUGACUUUAUAACUAACUUUAUAACUAACCUUUUUUUUUUUUUCUUGGAACUGUAUAAAUUGCAUUAAGCAAAAUAUAUUUUGUAUUAUUUGUCUUAAUUCGUUGAUGAAAUGUGUAGUUCAUUAAGGGAUGAGCCUGAAAACAUGGUCAGGUCUUGUUAUUUUUUGCAUUUCCCCACUAAAGGUUGUUCCUACAGUGACUGAAGUCUUAACAAUGAAAGUGUAUGCUUGCGCCUCAGAACUUUUUUUCAACAUACUCUAGUUUUUUUCCAUUUACUAAUAUCAUUAGUCAUUUACCUGUAUAUGACUUAUGCUGCUUCCCUGUUCUUACUUAAAGCUGCAGCCAGCUCUGAAUUCCCACAUCUGACAGUUUAUUUCAUUAACAAGGUGACUCAAAAACAAACGAAGUGUUGCACUGAGGCUUGAGGAACCUUAAAUCCCAAAAUUAAACCUGCAAAAGCUGAAAUUUGGACAGCUGGACAGUACUGACGUAUCAUAAAGCUUGAAUGUUGAAGUUGAUAUGCUGAGACUGUUUUACAAACUGGGCCUUAUUUGUGCAUCCAGGGGGCAGAGCAACAUUGACAUUCAUAGCGAUUAUAAAUCCAAUAUUUCAUCUCUUUUAUCUGUGUUUUUGGUCUCCACCACCUCUUGGCCCUUUAUGUGUUAAGUGUCCUGCUUUGUUCACAAACUAAUCACUAGUUGUGUCCGUGCAAUUUGGUGGUGUAGUGUACAGUGGGUUUUUCACUGAAGAUGGCCUCCUGAGGCAGAAGACAACUAUGAAAGCACAAGAGUGUGAAACUGAAAACAGUAACGUGAUGUUGCAGACCAACAGCUAAACAAUGAACCAACAGUGUCUGUAAAUCUGAGGGUAGCUGCGGAUUCAGGUAGCUUCUCUGUAGCUUCUUCACCAUGAUCGACUCUUUUCACAUUGUCAAAUACAUUGAUGGUUACUGUAAAAAAUAUAGAUUAUAGCUCCUUGAAAGGAGCUAUAAUCUAUAUUUUUAAAGGGCUCUUUAAUACUGCAAAUUUGGUUCUUUAAAGGUCUACAUGCUAGCCUGCUAAUAUAGCACUGAGCUCAAAGGCAGACAGAGGACAGCUAAACUGACUGGCGAGCUAAGCCUGUCAGUGGAGCUUACUGAUGUCAAGUGAUCCACCUUUACAGUGGGGCAAAUAAGUA